GUUCCCGUUCCGCGUUGCGGUAUCACGGAAAUUCACCAUCUCCCCAAAAGUCGCCAACGAGUCAUCUCAGCCUCCCAGCACACGCACCACGCGAUCAUGGACUAGGAACAAAUGAGAAGCGACUCUCGAUGAAGGUAAACAUCCCAGACUGCCCUCGAGCUUGCAGCCAUGGUAGAGCCAGCGUCAGUGGGGACAUUACAGCCUACCCUCCCAGUUCGACCUCCUACAUCUCCUCGAGAGUCGAAUCGAAACGAAAGCAAAGGGAAUUUUAUCAAAAGAUUCUUUCUCGGUGACUCGGCCUCCAAAAGAAACUCAUUGACCUAUAUCACACCCGAGUCUUCUGCCGAAUCACCAGCUGCCUCUCCCAGUACAUCUCUCACGGCACGGAAGAAGGUUGGGUGGUCCAAUUCUACACAAUAUAGUGACGACCCAAGAGCAUCGUUGGACGGGAAACCACAGGCGACCGUCCACACUCUCACGCCAUCUGCCGAACGAAAGCCCACGAAGUCGAUACUCAAAGCACACAAUGGCGGACAAGACAGCCUAGAGGUCAACAGCCCACUACUUCCUCCCCACCAACACAAAAAUUUUGCUGCCAUGCUGGAAUCCAUUGUGCAGCAAUUAGCGGGCAAGGACAGAGGGGGAAAGAUGGAUGCAUACUUGAUGCUGGCUGGAUCUUUGAAAGCUUCGGCAUCUCUCCCGGACCCGAUAGCUCUCAGGGAAAAGAUGAGCCUUCUGCUGCAAUUCAUUACUCGAGAUGUGAAGGAAAAAGCGGAAAAUGGGAGACCGGAUACACCUCUUGUCAUCAACGCUUUACAGCUCUUGUCGAGCUUACUAAGUCUGUCAGACAUCGCAGGAACUAUUGGAGGCGACUUUGGUGUUUUUAUGAUCGAGCAUGCUACCAAUACAUUCGAGGAUCCCAGCAUGUCCAAGGAUAUCGUCAAGCAUCUUGCAUUCGGGCUGUCACAACUGAAGUUUUCACCAAAAGUGAUGACUGCCGAACGAGUCGGAAGGCUGAUCGAGAAUCUGCACACCAUCGAGAGUUUUGUGAAGGGGAAGAGCAUUGUCAUGGGCAGGAUCAACAUCUAUAGGAAUUUACUUCGACAAUCCCGGAUACAUAUGAUUACUCACCCCCUCUGGUUGGAGGAUCUUUUUGCAGACAUGAUGAGCAAUGUCAAGGAAAUCCGAACUUUGGCCAUUGCCUUUGGACUGGAAUCUUCAUACAGCCUUGGAAAUGAAAGCAAAGUCUCUCGUGCGGUAACCAACCUGUUCCAGAUCGAGCAGGAAGGAGGUGGCAAAUUCGCAAUUUUUUACAGCGAGAAACUCAAGACUGCGGUUCAGAAGAAGGAAGAGAUGAUGACGUGCGUACCUCAGAUAUGCAGUAUUAUCUUUCUUUUCCUUCGCGGGAAACCUCGGCAGUUGGAGCAAUGGUCUCAUUUGACAUCUUAUUUGGCAGUUUUCCAAUUGUGUUUCAACUCAGGAGAUACUUCCACGAGAAUAGAAGCCAACUAUGCCUGGAAUCGUUUCGUGGUAGCCAUUCAACCCGACGAGAAUACCAAAAAGAGUUUAAUCAACAUGCUUGCUCAGCCUUUACUAGGGCAACUUAAAUUGCGAAGAUCCAACAGGACUAGGAAAACUGCCAUCGGAAGUGUUUGUAAUCUGCUCUACUAUACACUCAAACCAAACACCACGCCCCCUCAACUGGAUUUCUUUUGGGAUAGUUAUGUGGUAUCCAUUAUUGGCCAAUGUUUGACGCCAACCAAUAUGACUGAUCCGCAAGCGAAGGAGGACCUCCUAGAAGCUUGUAGCAUUUUGCAAAAUCUUUUCGACUCGGGAUUUCAGCGUCCUUGGAAUGAGAAUCGGGUGAUGGCGAAUUACAAGGAGAGCAGUGUUGCUGCGAAAGAACUUCCUGCUCUUGACCCGAAGUGGCUAAGAAGAAAUUCGACCCGGAUUUUCCCUGUACUUGUUCCCAUCAUCCACAAGUUGUUUCUGGAACUCGGUGAUGACUCGGAGAUAUUCAAACUAUGGGUCACAUACGUUCGAUGGAUUUCUUUCCCGGCUAAAAUGGAAGUCAAGGUCUCAAAUGAUACAAUGUCAUGUUUGGCAUCGAUAUUCGAGCUCUUCUACAAGACGUGGCGAGCUGGACCGAACAAUAUUGGAGCGUUGCCAGCUAAACUUGGUCCAUCAAACGCGCAAUUUCUGAAAUCCUUCGAAAAAAUGGUCACAACAAUCACUGCAACUACCAAUGGACUAGGCAUUCUCCCAUUUACUCAACGAGACCUUUGUAUUGGGACACAGGACACAUUCAUUCCAGUCGCCACACCUUCACAGCGGCCAGAUAGAUUAAAAGGAGAGAUCAGAAAGCCUCUUCACCACCUCUUUUGCUUGUUAGCAACCGACUUGCCCAAUUUGGUGUGCGACGACGACUUCAUACAUAUGGCUUAUUCUAUCCUUCUACCCUUUUUCGAAGCGCAACAAUCCAAUCGGCUAGAGUGUAUCAAAUUAGCGACCGACUUAUUAUCACUUUUACCUACAGAAAGUACCCCUUCAACCAAGGGGCUUUGGGAGGUUAUUGCAGACUUUGUCACAACUGCUGUCGAAAUCAGAGACUCCGAAAAGAUUGAGAAUCCCGACCAACCACUAGGUAAAUACUACCAGAGUGUAGUCAAGAUUCUUGAUGCUGGAAUUCGGUACUCGCCUCAAGAGGCCCUUGCAGGUUGGAAGACUUUAUUUGACGCUUUGGCUUCAUCAGCUACCGUCGACUCGGGAAUUUCAGGCAAGGCUAUUGUAGUUCUAGAGCCAGUUGCGAAAUGCCUAUUACUCCACCAACAGAACUCAACAGGCACCAUUGGUAUAUCCUACUACAGUCUACUCGUUUCAAAGGUUGGAUAUCCAAAGAAUCAACAGGCACUUGAUGCCGCAAGGAAACACUUAUGGGGUAGUGCAAUGGCAGGACCGAAGCUUCUGACCUUCGAUCCGUUUGUCAAACUUUAUGAAUACAUUAAGACGACCAUGGUCUUCAGCUACACCAAUUUUGACAAAACUCAACUAGCCGACUGCUCCGAUAUGAUUGCUAUCACGACCGAAUUUAUGGGCCUCUGCCCCGCAGAAUUGAUAUUUGGAUCUCUUGUUAAGAUACAAGAAGGUGUAUCCCAUUGGGUGGUUGAUACAGAAAGGAAGAUUGGCAGUGGCAAUCCUUUAUCCAAAUCGGUAAGCUAUAAAAUCCCGUCUUGCUGAAAUCUUCUAACAAUAUUAGAUCAAUUCCUUCUGGGAUGCAUUUUGUAAUCUUAUCCCCAGAUUUGAGGAGCUUUAUGGUUGCAGCAAAAUCCUUGCUGAGCUCGAAGCAUUGAUCUGCGCGGGGAUUGACAGUACCCACAAGUCAAUUGCUAUUCGAGCCGUCAAAAUGUGGAAUACUACUUUUGGCGUAUCUGAAGAAGCUUUUGAGUAUACCGAGCGAGCUCAGGCCUCUCUUUUGAGAAUCCACGCUGUCGCAGACAUACAGCUACCGUUCAUUCCUGAAAGCGUUUUGAGUGAGGCGGAGGCAUAUGCACAGGAACCUAUGCAGUACGCAGAGACACAGGAAGAUAGUGCAUUUCUCCCAACCACAAGCAUGGAGUUUGUGAUGAAGAAUCAUCGAACACCACAAAAUGGGUCGUCACCUAUGAUUCGAAAGAUGCGUGAAACUACGCCCGAAGUUGUAAUUCAGAUGAGCACUGCCUCUCGUCGAAAGCGCCCACGAGAAGACACCCCUGAGAUGAGUGGCAGGAGGAAAUCACGCAGACGUCAAAGCACGUCCAAAUUACGGCACGAUGAUUCUCAAGUGCAAUUCCAAGCCAUCGAAUCCUCGCCCGUUGCUAAUGGAGCUACUUCUACAUCCCAACUUCUAACAGAUAGGCAGAAGGAGGUCAAAGAGCGACAAAUAGCAGAUGCUGCCAUGUUUCCGGAUCUCAAAACUAGUCCCGAUUUUCAAGCAACAGCAAAAAUGGAAAUUGAGGCAGAACCUCAAUUGCCUCCUCGUCGGUCGUCAUCAAAACCCGGGAAAAGUCGAUCGCCUAGAGUUGAAAUACGACAAACUACGCCAACGCCUCUACCCCCUAGUGAGGACGAUACCUUUAUUAUUUCUUCUCCUACUCCGAAACGUUCGAGUCGACUUGCUGCUUCUGGGCGUUCUGGUGGUGGGUCUCCAUCACUAAUAGUACCAGUGCCGGAGAAGGAUGAACCUGUUCCCCAGAUUGAGAUAUCUUCUGUUGAAGAAGUCCCAUCGUCUCCACCAGAAAUUCCGGGUCGCAAAAUACAUGGACCUAUGUCAUCUGUUGAAGUCCCAUCCGCCCAGGUCCAAACUUAUGCAGUGCUUCCAGAAUAUGCCAUGUCGACGUACCAGUCAACUGAAGCUAGUCAAAACCAUGAUACAACCUACGAUGCAGGUUCCACGAAUCCGAACUUUGCGAGAGUCGACGAGGAAGCACUUCAAGAUUCCAUUAUGGAGGAUGCAGAUUUUCCAUCAGAAGACAAUGCUGAUAUGGAUCAAGUUCUCCCAAUGGAAAUUGAUGAAGCUCUCCGCCCUUCGACUCCGACGCGAACCGAAAUUCCCAAGUCAUCUCAUCGUAGUUCUACCUCGCCUCCUUUUGUCGACGCGCGGUCAUCUCCAGUAUCUUCUGAUAAAUUGGCUCCUAAUGAAGAUUUCUUUGAGGACACUCGUGCAUCACCGCGAUCUAAUGUGCUUCGACGGGGUCACUAUAAGCAGCAGCCGAGGAGUGACUCGAGAAGCGUCGAUGCAGAUGAAAGUAUGGACGAGUCAAGUCUAAUUCGAAUGAUGCAAACUUUUGAUGCAAACCAUCAGCCACCCGUUUCCACAAUCCCAGGAACAGAGAGUCCGCGUCGCGCAACUCGAUCAUCUUCCAGAAGGAAUACGCUGCAAGAUGUUUCAAUCAAUUCUCCCGCUCCGAGAUCAAUUCACAAGACAGCAUUAGCGAAUGCGGCAGCUAAGGAGCCUGGAAAUCCCACAAACGGCCAUGAAUCGAAAUCCGAUAUCCUCAAUAAGCCGACAUCUGUCGAGCCUAUCGUACCAGAUACACUAUCUACUAAUUCCAUGAACAUUCCGAAAAAGAACUCAAAUCCAGAAGAGUCUGGUAUUGAAGCGGAAGUCAAUGAAACCAUUGUUGUUGAUGUUUCCGCGUUCGAGAAUAUGGACAGAGGUUCUGUGAGUAGAAGAUCAUCGCGGAGACGAGAAUCUUUGUUUGCUGGGUUUGAUAAGGGCGAUGGAGUUUUGGGGGAUGCCAGUGAGAUUCCCGAGACCCAGCAGGUUCUGGCUACCUGUAAGUUUUCCGCGGAUCGAUUGUUGGAAGAUCCAUCUCUGAUAUAUAUAACAGUCCCAUCCCCCAAAGUAUCUCCAAUAGAGUCGAUGUUGAAGAAAAAGAGAGGGCGACCGAGAAAAUCUCUUGAAAAUAAGGUAUCACCAACACCGUCACGAGAAGCGAUUCAGUUCCCGGAAGCAACUCAAAGUGAAAGACUAGCCAAGAAUCUUCGAACUCCUUCAAUAGAUCUUGACGCCCCCCCUGAUUUGGGAUUUGACAUUGUAACGCCAAGCAACAGCAAAUCACGAGGCAAUAAGGUAAUGGAAGGUCGUCCAAUGAGCUUUCAACAGCCCGAGAAAGCCACCGGUCGCAGGAGAGAGGAAAAGGGACGAGAAAAGGUUAUUCCAUCUUCACCAUCUCCAGAAGCCGAGACGGCUGAGGGAUCAAUUGGCGGUAAUGAGGAGGCGGAGGCGAGCGGAAGUGCAGCGAGACAGGCUUCACAACAGCCAACGAAGGAAAACGCAGCCGAAGAAGCUCUCCCAGGGCUUUCUGGUGGUUCACCUGCGAUCUCCAAGGACAAAGCUACAUUCAAAAAUGUAGAACUACAAAUGAUGAACUUAAUAGGAAAUUUGGACAUGUCGGAGUUGUCCAAAGAUCAGGUGAACAAGAUUGAGAAUUUGUUUAUGGAUGCAAAGGAAAAACUAUAUGGGGCAGCGAGACGAGGGCGUCAGGUGGGAUUGUGAUUCUCGGGGCAUUUGGCAUUGCACUGCAUUGCGAUUGGAGUUUGGCAUUUGCAAUAGUUCUUUCAUUUUUCUUAUGUUUGUUCCUGGCGAGGGCAUGAAGGGAGAAUGAAAAAAGAUACAUGCAUGAGUAUGGGAUGAGUAAUGAAUGAAGGAGAUGUAGAUAUCAUCUGCCUUCGCGUACGUAAUGUGAAGGGUUUUUGGAGAUGAGAAUCAACACAUCCAGAGAAUUCUUGCCGCCAGUGCUUCUUUCAGUUGUGUCCCGUGUGCUUGAGUGUCUCUUGUAUUGGCUGAUGUGAGGGUCUUGGUGUGGCGUUGGAUGUUUCAGUUUAUAGUGCUUGGGGUGUGACUGGUGAGUGAGAGGGCGAGGUGUGG